AUGCGCUAUUCCCACCCACUAUGGUAUAACGCGAUUAUAGGUAUUGGUCUUUCUACACUGAGCCUCAAAGCCUACACCCCCCUCUUAAGUCCCCUCUUUUCCCGGUGUUCCUCCAACAAGAGUAAAAGCGCUGAAGGAGAUAUGGAGGAUGUCGGUAUAGCGGAACUAGGAGCGCAAAGAGCGGCGCGCAAACCGAAGCUGCAAGCGGUUUUACGCCACGUCAAAGCCGGAUUUUCAGUUAAGCAACAAAAUGAGGCGUAUUUAUAUUAUAACGUGUCAAGUGAGUUGCAACUGCUAGGAAUUUUUUACGAGCGUAAUGGCCGUUUGGAUUUGGGCUGUCUUGAGUCCCAGCGAGCUUCGAAGUGUUGCCCGCUGUUUCCGAUGCUCUUCCACGCUGCUGCUGCUCCAGACAGCCAAAUAGAGUCUGAACAAUUUCUUCGUGGCAGCUUGGCGGUCGCACCGGCGAUGUUUGUGCUGUCUCGUGGCGGUUUCUGGACGCCGUGCUGUGCUUUCGAGUUCCUUGAUGCCACAAAAAUAGUAGCGAGUAGCUUCGCGAUAAGUUUGAUGGCCGCGCCGAUCAGCUCUACUCUGAGGCAUAAAAGCUUGAGCCCGCUGCCAACCCCUUCGUUAAGGCCAAAAAAGCCUCUGGGUAUGGUAGCCGCACAACCAAAGCUUAAAUAUACCCACAUAAAGUCCCGGGCCAGCACAAGUCUGUUAUCCGCCUCCAUUCUGCCACCAAAGAAGCUUCCAGGAGGCUUCGCAGGCGUGAAUGUCGUAUGGGAGAGGCUUGUACAAACCUGCAGUCAGUUCCUGAAAACCCUAUGUUGUUCUCUUCAGUCUGGCGCUCUGCCGCCCCACGGAUUUCUGUUAUCUUCCUGUUGUCCACACAAUAUUCUCUACCCUGUAUCCAUCAUGAUGUGUUCAUGUGAACCAGUGACCAUGAAGUCAGCUCUAUUGCCUAUAGUCUUCAAACUUCACGGCUGGGGCGUCCUGGGCCUGCGUUAUAGCUGGAUACAGUACACGCCUAUGAGCCGGGGAAAAAUGGGGCUCGUUCGCUCUCCUCCGCUAUACACAAUAUUCCAACUUCACAACUGGGGGCCUGUCUUCAAGCUAGAGUUGGUUUUCACUGCUCAUUGGGGGCCCUGUAGCAUGCUUCCUAGCCUACACCCAUCAAGGCAUGUAUUUUCAAACUGUAGGAGCGAUAUCAAUGGCUCACUGUACUUCGCUAACAUGCACUUUGUCGCCAAGUCAUCUCCAUCGCCCACACUGCCCAAUCUCUGCCACCAAUGGGUUAUAAACCUUGGUUCAGGGUGGGCUUACGAGGCUGGGGGUGAUCGGGCUCUGUCUCCUACACUUAUGCCACCUUCACGCGGGGACGCCAAGAUGAAAAUUUCGUCGCCCUUCACUUCCAAUAGCUGCUCCUCCUUCGCCAUAUCGCCGCUGGGUUUCGCCACCAGGCCUGAAUUGCCCAAUACACUGCUGUGUUCCUGGUGCUAUCUCACUGGGAGCGACAAGGACCAAGACUUCAUGGCCAAUCGACUUUCUGUACUAAGCGUCGACAAGCAUACACAGCAAGAUAGUGAACUCUUUCCAGCCGUUUUGCUUCACGGAUGCUGCGAGUUCAGAAAUUGCAACAAUCAAAAUGUGGUCUUGGUGUAUCGAGCUACCUCGACCUCGAUCUUGACCACCUGUCAACAAGUCUACCACGGGGCCAAAUACAUCAUCGGCAAAGUAAUAUACUUAGUUUGCGAAGGCCCAAUGAAGAUCCUCGCUAGUUUGGACGGCUCCAUCAAUAGCAUCAUGCCAAUUUUCAGUCAUGGGAGCGACAGGUAUGUACUCCUCCCUGUUCUUCUCGCUCUGUUGAUUGUGAAUCCAGAUGAUCUGAUAGUUUCAUCGAGACAGAAGAAGAUAGGAUGUCAGGUCCCAAAGAACAAGCUCUUCAGUAUGUUGCUAGCCAAAGAACCAUUCGCUAUUGGUGCCAUUGGCGCUACCACUGGAGAAAUCGGGAAGGUCACUGUCAUGACCGCCACCGUCGUCGAUGUAACAUUCUUUGGGUCGGUGAGAAUGGCGCUCCAGACUCAACCAAGGCGGCCGGCAGACUCCCUUCCACGUGGAGAUUCUAAAUGCCGGUGGAUUGGGUCUUUGUCGCAAGGCGAUCUAUUUCCGUCAAUUCCGACUAAGAUAUUUGAUCUUUUCUUUACUAGCCCCGAGACCAUCAGCACCCACGCCAUAAAGAAGGAGCCUAUGUCAAGAGGCGCGAAAGCUCGGCGAGUGGUCUCUUGGACGACUCUGGACUCGGCUCGCGCGUUAUAUGGAUCAAUACGGCAUUUCAUGGACUAUGAUCUAGAGCGCUUACUACAAUGGCAAUCUACGACAAGGCAUGAAAGAGAGCCCACUCGUAGUUGUACCGGUACAUCCCCAGCGGUAACACUACUCACGUCUCCAUUCGAUAUCACUGAACAACUCGACAUGGGCUGUCUCUCCUUCAAUAAAUCCCAGUACGCUGGUAGCAACUUGCCAACUCCCAAAUACUUACACUUCUCGGGUUUCCCAAGACGUCCAUUCCCGGCAUAUUUCGCCCUAGCAAUUCAUUUGCAUGAAGCAGAGUCCCAAUAUCAAGUCUGUCGAAACGAGAAGCCUACGGCCUUCGAAGGAGCUUCUACGAUAGCUAAGAAUAUUGGCGGUUUCUCCAGUUUCGCGAGCACCGCAAGUAAUAACAGCCCAGUUAUAGGACCUCAGAAGCUGCUCGCCUCAUCUCCCAAACAAAAGACGUCAAUUUUGAGGACCAUAUCUGUGGUACCACCUCCUAUUGACCGUUCGCAAACUUCACUCUUCCCCUUCUCUAAUACGAUACGCUUUCGCACUCUCACCACCACCGCAAACUUGCGCCCUCAUGUCUUCUUCUCCCGCUACCAAGGUUUACAACUAAAUAGAAAGAACACCACCCAGCUUUCGGAUCGCUCCUUUCUCUUGACCGGUUACGUGGAACGCGGUUACAGCCUAGUGAUAGCGGCUGGUGUUGCAAGAAAUCUAGGAUUCUCUUUACUAUGUCCUCCCUUUACCAACCAUCUCACUCUCUCUUCCGCCGCAAAAUGGAGACAUCGAAGUGCCACCCAUGGGGCCACAGCCACCCAGUAA